UCGCGCGCCGCAAACCGUUUGUCGCGGACCAAAAAAACGACACUGAUCGGGGAAAGGCGCGAUGCAAUGGCGUGAACAACGCGUGACCGCCGCGAGUGUAGAGCCCACUUUAAAUGUUGAGUAGAGGGAGAAUAAAAAUGACUACGACUUUCGUCUCUUUUUGCCACACACAAAUCUAUUAUGAAGUGAACGUGAAAGGCAUAAUAAGUAAAGUACAGACGAUUUGACUUACGGUAACAAAAGUCACCCUAGCUCGUACGGCAAGAAUACACAGAAUAGUGAUUUGCGAUUUCCAAAUUAAAAAUAAUCAUUUUAUUGUAUUAUCAAGCGCAAUUUCCAUAGUAAACUCAUAACUGUUAUCGAAAACUUCAACUCCGUUCAAGUGUAAUAAGUUGUUGCUUUUGUCGUUUACUAUUUUAUCCAAUGCUAUUAGUUUGAUUUUUGUGUCUUUAUUUUUUAUCUUUAUCAACAUGGAAAGUUUGGAAAGCCAGCCGUGUGUUUUCUUAGGGUUGAAAGUGAAACCUGGACCUGUAGAGCGACAUAAACUAGAGAAUUUCACUCUCGAAAAUACUGUAAGCCUACUAAAAAACGAAGCUGCAAAGAAAACCAAUAUCCCAUCUACUAAUUUAGAACUAAUUCACCAUGGUAAAAUAUUAAAAGAUGAAAGUACUCUACUUGAUAGUGGUAUUAAAAGUGGUGAGAUGGUCCAUGUGAUUAAGAAGAAAGUGCAAAAUCCCCCUCCACCACCAACUAUUUAUUCAGAUGCAGAAUUACAAAUGUUAAACAACUCACUCAGGACACUUGGUUGUACUCCUAAUGCUGCUGGUUGGACCAGGGCGAUGCAGUUAUUGAAUGAAGAGUCUGCAAUGACUGAGAUCAUAGAACAUGCACCGUCACUAUGUGAAGACUGCAUGACAAUAUCUAUUCUACAUGAAGUUGAACUCCUAGCUGCUUUGGCUGCCAACCUACAAACAAUGCGCCGAGGUGCGGAGGCUCACCCUGAUCUGCCAAAUGCCUUGCGACAACUUAUGAGGCUUGUGCGAUCACGAUCAAAUGUUCCAACAUCUGAAACAGCACCAACAUCUGGCUUUGCCUACUCACUAGAGGCACUCUCGGAAGACGAAGAUGCCGAAGAAGAAGAGACAGAGGAAAGCGAGAGCAGAAGUGCUAUAACACAGGAGCAGUUAGCUGCAGCUUUACAAGCGGCGACGGAGGCCGUGCUGUCGUCCAGCAACCGCGGCACGGGCUCGGGCGCGGUCGGGCAGGAGCGCCUAUUGCGCCUACUGCAGACCGCCGCGGAGCCCGACGGCUCGUCCCCGCCCGCUCCCUCCGCGCGCUCGCCCGCAGCAGCGGGAGCGGUCGCGAGCGCUGGUGCUAGCGGCGCCAUAACCGCGGAGAUGUUCAGCUCAGCCAUCAGCGACGCACUCACGCGUGCAAACCCGGCUGGCACGCCAAUGGACCAGAGCGCGGCAGCAUCAUCGUCGCAGAGUCCGGUCCAGCGCGAGGACUUCUCCGCGCAGUUACAACACAUGCACGAGAUGGGCUUACUGGAUGAUGCGCUCAAUUUGCGGGCCUUACGCAUAUGCUCCGGUGACGUGAACGCAGCGAUAAAUUUAGUCUUCACUGGAGAAGAUUAAUUAAUGUACCUAUCGUUUGAAAAUAAAUAGAAUACAUUGACUGUU